GAAGGGUGAAUGUAGCUAAAAAAAUAGAGAAUGUGUAAAUGGCACUAGUCAGGAAGAGAAGGCACCGACAGGGACUCCGUCUAUCCCUACCUCCACCGUUAGUGGCAGCUGAUCUCCGGAAGCAGUCUCAUUAUGCGGCGUUGCUGUCGGCCAUCUGUCCGACAUCCCCGGACAUCGAAAGCCUCUCCGACCUCGAGAAACUCGAUGUCAUUGGACAUGGCAAUGGUGGCACUGUCUACAAAGUCCGGAACCGUAAAAGCUCGUCGGUUUUUGCAUUGAAAGUCCUCCGUCUCGAUCCAAACGUUGCCGUAAUACGGCACCAGGCGGCUUGUGAAGCUGAAAUCCUGAAAAGGGUUGAUUCACAAUUCGUUGUUAAAUGCCUGGCAGUGUUCGACACAAUAGAAGGAGAUCUCUGUUUUGUCAUGGAGCACAUGGAGAGGGGAUCGUUGUACGACGAACUCCGUGUGAGGGUGAAUCUGCCUGAAUGUGUUAUUUCCAGGAUUGCCGAAGGAGUUCUACGAGGCUUGCAGUAUCUGCAUGGAAUGCAGAUCGUUCAUGGGGAUAUAAAACCAUCUAAUCUGUUGAUAAACGGGAAAGGAGAGGUGAAGAUUGCAGAUUUUGGAGUGAGCAAGAUCGGUGUUGGCACACGUAGUGCCUGUAUCAUGUGCAUGGGUACGUGUGCUUACAUGAGUCCAGAAAGGGUAGACUCGGAGAGGUGGAAUGGGGGUAAUGCAGAUGGUUUUGCUGGUGACGUUUGGUCGCUAGGCGUGGUGCUCUUAGAAUGUUUCGUUGGCCAUUAUCCGUUGGUUAGUCUCGGAGAAACGCCUGAUUGGGCUGUUUUAAUGUGUUCCAUAUGCUUCGGGGAGAGGCUGGAGAUACCGGAGACGGCUUCACCGGAAUUUAGAAGCUUUGUGAGGAGAUGUUUGGAGAAAGAUUGGAGACAGAGAGGAACGGUGAAUGAGCUUCUUGCCCACCCUUUUGCGAGUAGGAGCUUUUGAAAGAUUCACGGAUUGUGCCUUUGAACCAUUGAAUUUCUUAAUCAAUUUUGCUAGAAAAACAAACAAACAAAAAAAUCAGUACUUUUGGUUUUUCUCCUUCAUAAUUAGACUUUUCUGGGUUGUCAAAUAUUUGGAGUUUGCAGCUAAACUCAUCGGAUA